AUGGUGCAUAAGAUCAUGGUUAUGUUAUACUACUUUGUUUAUUUUGUGUUGAUGUUUACUAUAAGGUCAUGUAAAGGGAAAGUGCAAUUACCAAAACACUUUGUUGUAAAAGCAAUAUUUGCAUUUGGAGAUUCAAUUGUUGAUCAAGGAAAUAAUAACUAUAUAUCAACUAUGGCAGAGUGUAAUUUUCUACCUUAUGGUAAAGACUUUAACGGUGGAAUUCCAACCGGAAGAUUCACCAACGGCAAGACGCCACCGGACUUGCUAGUUGAAGAAUUGGGGAUAAAAGAGCUUCUGCCAGCUUAUUUAGAUUCAAAUUUAAAAAGUGAAGAUUUUAAAACUGGAGUAAGCUUUGCAUCUGGAGGUUGUGGAUUUGAUCCUCUAACAUCUAUCAUCGCGUCAGCUUUAUCUUUAUCAACACAAUUAAAUCAGUUCAAAGAAUAUAUUGGGAAGCUAGAAGGGCUAGUUGGAGAAGAAGAAGCCAACUAUAUUUUAAAAAAUAGCCUAUUUUUGGUGGUUGCUGGAAGUGAUGAUCUUGCAAAUACAUAUUUCACUCUUGGAGGUCGAUUGAAGCAUGAUAUUAACUCAUAUACUGAUCUUAUGGUGGUCAAAGCUACUGAAUUUCUCCAAGAAUUAUAUAACUUGGGGGCAAGAAAAAUUGGGAUAUUUGGAAUUCCUCCAAUAGGAUGUUUGCCAUCACAAAGAACAUUAGCUGGUGGGCUACAUAGAGUGUGUUCUGAAGAAUACAAUGAAGCAGCCCAAAUGGCCAACACAAAAUUCUCUACUGAAAUUGAUUCAUUAUCCAAGAAGUUGGUCCAGUCCAAGCUUGUGUUCAUUGAUAUCUAUAAUACUUUUCUUGAUCUUAUUGUCAACCCUAAAAAACAUGGAUUUGAAGAAGUAGAGAAAGGGUGUUGUGGCACUGGAACAAUAGAGGCGAUAAUAUUAUGCAAUGAAUUUAGUGGAAUAUGUGAAGAUGAUACAAAAUAUUUGUUUUGGGAUAGUUAUCAUCCAACUGAAAAAGGUUAUAAAAUUCUUGUUGAUGAGAUCUUAAAAAAAUAUAUCAACUAUUUCUAG